AAUAUUUAAAUUCCACAUAAGAAUAACCAUCAUCCAUCACUAAUAACACAAAAUAUUAAUUGUAUAUGAUGACCGGGUCGAAUUCGGGUGACCCGAACUAUGACACGGACCCGACCCGAAAUAAUGACGGGGUCUAUUUUGUGAGACUCUUAUCCGACCCUAAGCACGAUGAAAUCAUACCAAAUUAGUUCCUAUAGUGCUCGGAACCGGGCCGAAUUUUCGGACCGAGCUGGGCCAUGCACACCCAAGUACAAGAAAUCCAAAAAUAAGCUAUCAACAAGGCUACAACCUGACCACAUGGUCCAAAAAUUAAAAAAUAUGAUAAUUAUAACCACAAAAAGAAAACAAGUAAAAAAAGACGGGCAUGUUUUUCUUUCAGAUCUUCCCAGUCUCAAGAAGGACGAGGUCAAGGUGGAGGUCAACGAUGGAAGGGUACUUCAGAUAAGUGGUGAUAGGCAUGCCCAUGACGAAGAUCACGGCCACAAGAACAAGAAGAUGAUAAAGUGGCACCGCGUUGAGCAAUGCGGCGGGAAGUUCCAGAGAAGGUUUAGGCUCCCGGAGAAUGCUAAGGUUGAGCAGGUUAAAGCUCACAUGGAGAAUGGUGUGCUUGUUGUUACUGUCCCUAAACAAGAGCUCAAGAAACCAAACACCAAACUGCUUCAGAUUCAUGGAAAUUGAUUCCGUAAAUUUUGGAUAUGAAUUGCAAUACAAGUCAAUGUUCGAAGAAAUAAAUUGUACGUUAC